AUGAAACGCCAUUUAGAAAAGACAGCAUUACCCAACCUCCCGAAGCAACUUCAGCCCUCUUUUAGGGCCGCAUUAGAUACAGGUAGAAUCAGGAGCAUGCCCAGCCAGUUCUUACCAGCAACUUUGAACAAAACCCCGGGUCUUAUUAUGGUCGGAGACGCCAUGAACAUGCGCCAUCCACUUACUGGUGGUGGUAUGACCGUGGCUUUGAAAGAUGCUGUUCUUUUGAGCAAACUUCUUUCACCUAAAAUAGUGCCAGAUUUGUCUGAUGACCAGGCAGUGGCUGAACAACUCGAGAGAUUCUUCACUCUGCGUAAACAAGAGUCAGGCUCAGUAAUUAUAAAUGUACUUGCUAUGGCUUUGUACAGUUUGUUUGCAGCUGAAGGUGAGGAUUUGCAAGUCUUACAACGAGGCUGUUUCCGAUAUUUCGAGCUGGGUGGAAAAUGUGUUAGUGAACCAGUUGGAUUACUAGGAGGACUCAUUAGCCGUCCUUGGGUUCUUUUCUAUCAUUUCUUCUCAGUUGCUUUCUACGGUAUCUACCAGAACAUUCUUGAUAAAGGCAUUAUAGGAUUCCCCAAGUCUUUUAUCCAAAUAUUUACUGUCCUGUGGACGGCAUGUGUCGUACUGUUGCCGUUCAUGUACGAGGAGCUCAAAUGGUGGUGA